AUGCCAUACUCGGUUAACCAAAACCACCCGCCGCCCAAGUCAUCACCUCGAGUUGUUUCCGACAAUCGAUCACCAAGCCCUAAUUAUUUUGGUCUAAUUGUCGAAUCGGCCAAUGAGCAGGGUGGCGGCUCCUCCUCAGGGCUCCCUAACGAUAACUGGAGCCCAUCAUCAUCAGUGAAAUCCUUUCAGGCCGCCAUCCCUAAGCAGGUCUCUCUAGAUGCCAAUCCCGAAUUCGAGGCUUUCAGGAGACAGGCAGAUUUUAAUCGGGGCAAGUCCUUUGCACUUUCUACAAGUCAUUAUGCUCAGCCUUCCGUGACAUCAAAUGGCGUUGCACCAGUACGCCCUCGACCUCCCAGAUGGCAUACUCAUGGAAGUGAUACUGGCGGACCAUCCCCGUUCAGUCGUGGUUUGAGCUCUGCCAAUGUUCGACCAGCCAGCCGAAUGGACGUCGAUCAGGACAGCAUGCAGGACUCGGCCUAUGUUUCAUCAGACUCGAAGCGUAAUUCCGAAUCGUCUUUUCACCACCAUGUUCCUGCCCUUAAUUUACCACGAUUCGAGUCUCCUCUACCGAUGGAUCCUCCCCAGCACCGUACGAGUCUAACACGGUCUGAAGACCGCGACCCGCGGUUGUCUGUAAUGGAACAUCGCCCGGAGCCUCCUGACGCUCGGGAUAGCCAGCGCUCUGCCACUUUACCAGCAACCCUCGAACCUGGACAGCCACACAUGAUCACUGGACAGCAACUUCGAGACAUGCUUCAAACUGUAAAGAAGGAACGAUUUCUUAUUCUCGACCUUCGAUCUUCGCAGAACUACGCUCAGUCAAGGAUUGAGGGCGCUCUUAAUCUUUGCAUCCCUACCACUCUUCUCAAGCGAGCCACUUUCAACAUUCAGAGGCUGAAGCAGACUUUCCAGAGUAGCGCUGAUUCAGACAAGUUUGACACAUGGAACGACACAGACUACAUCAUCGUUUAUGAUGCUCAUGCUUCCGAUAAGCGAGAUGCGGUUACUGCGCAGAACAUGGUAAAGAAAUUUACCAACGAAGGUUACACAGGUGGUACAUGCAUCCUCAAGGGUGGAUUCAACUCGUUCCAGCAACAUUUCCCUGACUAUGUCGACCAUCAGUCGGCAACUGGAGCACCCGGGAAGCCUGGUCCCGGCCAUGGAGGAAUUGCCCCUGUCAUUGGUGGAGUUAUGCUUCCCAACGCCGGCAAUGACGUGAACCCGUUCUUUUCAAACAUUCGACAAAACAUGGAUCUUGCAGACGGUGUAGGCCAAUUGGAUGUUUCAAGACCUACCGCCCUGGAUUCGCCCUCCCUGCCUCGCUGGCUCCGAGAGGCGGCUGCCCAGCCCGAUCACGGAAAGAAGGUUUCAGAUAAGUUUUUGCACAUCGAGGUUGAUGAGCAAUCUCGAAUGAAAGCGGCGUACGCGGCCUUUAACCCCCACAACAAGGACAAGCGAAGUCAGGUACAGCUUUGUGGUGUUGAAAAGGGAGUCAAGAACAGGUACAAGGACAUUCUGCCUUUCGAGCACGCCCGAGUCAAGCUGCAAGAGAGGCCCGAUGGAACAUGUGAUUACAUCAACGCUAGCCAUCUGAAGGCAUCUCGAAGCAAUAAGCAGUAUAUCGCCACCCAGGGACCCCUCCCCGCCACUUUCGAGGACUUUUGGUCUGUCAUCUGGCAGGAGGAUGUGCGCGUCGUAGUUAUGUUGACUGCCGAGACUGAGGGAGGCCAGUUGAAGUGUCACCCUUACUGGAAGGGCAGAGAUUUUGGGGCCAUUCGACUCAAGCUCCUGUCGGAAAAGAGGGUAUCGCUCGACAUCGAUAAGCACAAGUCCGACUCCAACCACACUUCCUCCGUCUCGGCUAGUGAGGCGGGAAGGAAGCGUGCUAAUACCACGACUACGUUGGAAUCUUCGAACCAGGCACCUCGAGGGGCACAGGGCGCUCCGGCAGAACCACCCUACGUCAUUGUCAGAAAGUUUGCGCUUUCGCACACGUCCCAUCCGUUUGCGCCCAUCCGAGAGAUUACGCAUCUGCACUUCCCUUCAUGGCCUGACUUUGGCACACCGGCUCAGCCAUCCCAUUUGCUGGCACUCGUUGAGUUGGCGAACGUGAUGCAGCGAUCAGCUCUUCCAGUUGAGACUUCUCAAAUUUCCAAGAUCUCAGCCUUGGAGCCACCUGCUAUCACCUGGUACGAUGAGCCGGAGGUUGAUUCUCGUGCGCGACCAAUGCUGGUGCACUGCUCUGCCGGAUGCGGUCGCACUGGUACGUUCUGCACUGUCGACAGUGUUAUUGACAUGUUGAAGCGUCAGAGACAAGCCAAGAUGGACUCAGUACGGGCACGUGAUAACGAUGGGGAUAUUGCUAUGGGCGAGAAUGUGGAUACAUCACCCCGAUCUGUAAAACACGUCAACUUUUAUACCCCUGGUCAGAGAUCGAACAUGGAGAGAAAGGCAGCUCGAGGCGCCGCCAACAUUGACACCGACUGGGUGCACGAUGAUAGUGUCGAUCUGAUUCAGAAGACAGUGGAGGAUUUCCGAGGACAGAGACUCAGCAUGGUACAAAGUCUCAGACAGUACGUCCUCUGCUACGAAACAGUCCUUGAAUGGGUAACGAGAAUGAACGAGCGAGUGUCACAUGCUCCCAAUGGUCGACUUCGAAGCGGAAGCCUUCGUCAUUAA